GAAGUGAAUCGUAUACAUAGCGACAUUAGGCGUUUUCAAACUGAUUGGUAACAUUUCACAAACCUUGUUUGUCUAUAUUAGUGUGGUCACCCUGUAUGUCUUUCCUCUUGAAAAGAAGGUCCACAAAGAAACAUCAAGAUGUUGAUGCCAAAAAAGAAUCGUGUUGCUAUAUAUGAGUACUUGUUUAAAGAAGGUGUCAUGGUAGCAAAGAAAGACUACCAUGCUCCUAAACACCCUGAACUUGAAUCAAUCCCCAAUUUACAAGUAAUUAAAGCAAUGCAGUCUCUCAAAUCCAGAGGACAUGUCAAAGAACAAUUUGCAUGGCGACAUUUCUAUUGGUAUUUAACGAACGAGGGUAUUGAAUAUCUACGUGGAUACUUGCAUCUUCCACCUGAAAUAGUACCGUCUACAUUAAAGAGGCAAGUAAGGUCUGAAACUGCAAGACCCAGACCAGCUGCAGGACCAAGAAGCGAAGCUUCAAGACCAACAGAGGACCGUGCUGGAUACAGGCGAGGUCCAGGAGGUCUUGCUGGACCUGGUGAUAAAAAAGCUGAUGUUGGUGCUGGUACAGGUGAUUUAGAAUUCCGUGGUGGAUUUGGGCGUGGAAAAGCCCCAUAAGCAAUUUUUGUAAAAUAAAAUAAUAAAAAUUUCUUAAUGUAA